UCGACCCCUUCUGCCCCUCUGCCCCUGCUGCCCCUGCCGGCCCUUGCUUCUUCUCCAGCACAGCCGGCGUCUUGACAGGCCCAGAUCAAAAGUCGGCCUCUGCACAGCCCUCCCUACACCCACUUUGUUAGCAAACUCGACCUAUCUUGACUCAUUUUUUCCCUGCUCCUACCGACCCAUACACGAUGCCACCUGCAAGGACGAUAUAACUUACUCUUGACCCCGCUGGUUCGUUUGGGAAAAAGUUGCCGUCAUCUGUCUCGUUCAAGCCGUUGCCGUUUGUGUCCUGAUGCAAGUUGAAUGCGACCAACUGCACUCCUUGCCGUCGUCGUCGCCGAGAACGGGCGCAGAAAUCUGAAGCCGCAGAAGCAACAAGGGUCGAGACACUCAGAGGACCCAGUUCUUCCACCGCCAAGCCAGCCUGUCUUUGGGAGCCACUCGGUUGGACGCACACACAACUUCUGGUUGGGGCGUGCACGUCCAGACCACUCUGUUCCGGUUGCUGAUACGAAACAUCUCGACAAGGAAACAAUCCAAAGUCAGUCGGCUCUCGAGUCUGAGCGAGGACAAAUCUGAGAGGGGACAAACUGGUCGUCGAUCUUCCGGCCUUGGCGAUCGAACCGUCGCACAGCACUUGCUCGUACCAAGACAAGUGACAGGUCUUGGCUCCAACACUGUGCCCUGCCAGCGACACAGCAGUACCCCAACCAGACCACAGGGAUCCUCCGCCCCUCAGCUGGCUUAUCGAUUGCCGGACAGGCCUGUUUUGCUGUCGACUGUCGUCAUCGUGCUGUGGGUUGUGACCCUGUGCCGGGCCCAAGUCAAGUCGAGCGACAAGCGUCAAGCCACACGUGCUCCGUACUGCACAGUACACCCGCCAGUACACGAACAGGGCGUGGCGAUAAUCUGCCUUCAACCACACUAAGCCUUACCUGCAAUCUUAGAUCUCAGAUCGCGGGACGAACAAUGUCUGGCCCCGCCCCUCCUAAGGCUGACGCCCCCCUGGACGGUAAUGGCCAACAACAUCCCGAUGCGCAGGCCGCCCCCCCAACUCCACCUUCCGCGGAUGAGGGUGAAGACCACGAGAAGGGGGUCCACGGCCUGAAGCACAAGGUCACCGGGAAGAAGGACGAGCUUAAGGACAAGGCCCACCCGCCAGGAGGCUAUGACCCUACUCCUCUACCCGACUUCCCCUCCGGCUGGACCGUCAGGUUCACCUUCCACCGCGCCGAGAAUCUGCCAGCCGCCGAUCUCUCAACUCAGCGAUGUGACCCUUAUAUCCACGCUACCCUGACCGCACCCAUCCCGAGGAGGCACAAGGAGGACCCCCCACUUACCUGGAGGACCAAGACAAUCCGGACGACAUGCGAUCCGGUGUGGGAGGAAGAAUGGGUCGUCGCAAAUGUGCCCUCUAGCGGCUUCAAGCUCAAGUGCCGCCUGUACGACGAGGACUAUCCCGACCAUGAUGACCGCCUGGGCAAUGUCACGUUUGAGACCAACUCACUCGUCGAGGGCUGGAGCCUGGGCCCGGAUGGUCAGUGGUUCGACAUCAAGAAGCGCAUGGCUAGCAAGCGUGCGUAUUUCUUCAAGGCCAUUACUAGUGCUGCCGAUAAAGCAACAAGCAUGACUGGCCGUCUCAACCUGAAGAUUGAUGUCCUCGGACCAUCCGAGCCUGGCGUUAAGGGCUCCCAGAUGUACACCGUCGGGCCAUCGAUAUUCUUCAAGCACUACAGUCCGCUGCUGGGCAGAUUGAUAGGUAUCAAGGUAAACAAGGACGAAGCACAGGACGAAGUUGAGUAUGACGCCCAGUCGGGGGAGAAGAAGAUUCAGAAAUAUGACUUCCAAGCGAACGAGCUCCAGCUUGCAGGCCCCGUUCCAGAGCACCUAUACCAUCGUUAUGUUGAAUUUAGCUCUUGGGUCGGGAGCAUGUUCACAUCCACCGGCCUCCGAGGAAAGGUCUUGCACAAAGCCCUGCACAAGCAGCACAACCGGAUCUACAGCUUCAGCCAGUCGACACAGUGGGGUCAGUUCCAGCCGUGCACCGAGGAAGCCUCUCUCCAGUUCCUGCGCAUGGCCCAUUUCGACGAGGGCGGCCGUGUCUUCACCUACGUCCUCACUCUGGACGGUCUGCUGAGAUUCACCGAGACGGGCAAGGAAUUCGGGAUCGACUUCUUGUCCAAGCAUACCAUGCACUCGGACGUGGCCGUCUACAUUGCUUGCUCGGGUGAAUUCUUCGUCCGCCGCCUCGCCAAGCCCGACGCCCCUGAGCACUCGGGCGAAGCCGACCCCGGCGAGCCUACCCAUCCGUCUGAAGACCUCCCAGGCGGCCCGCCACACGCUCAGCCGCCAGCCGACCCACGCCACUACCAACUCGUCAUCGACAACGACAGCGGGACCUACCGCCCAGACAAGAGCGUCCUGCCUCUGCUGCGCGAGUUCCUCGAGCGCAACUUCCCCGGCCUCGGCGUGGUGGUCAUGCACUGGGAGGACCAGGAGUGCCAGGACCUCAAGCAGAAGCAGCGAGAUUUCAAGAAGAAGGAGGGCGGCGCGGUGCAGAUGGUGCAGAACCGGAGCCCGGACUCGAGCAGCAUCAGCAGCAGCGACGAGAGCCGCCUGGACAGCGACGGCGAGUACGGCGGCCACAAGCACUGGAAGAGCAAGAAGGAGGCCGCGUGGGACAUUGUCGAGGACCCGCAGAAGCUCAAGUCGCUGAGCCUGGGCGGCAAGAAGCAUGACAAGGACGCGGCUGAGCCCCCGGCCGAUGCCUAGACGGCGGAGGCGGCGGCGGCGGCGGGGUGAGAGGGUCGCACGACGAGAUGGUUAGAAGAUACCUGUCUUUAUGAGGUUGUUCAUGAAGUUAUACCCGCGACUAAUGUCUUUGCAUGUCUAAUUGUCAAUUCUUUCGGGGGAAGGAGUGGGAUGUCCGUUUUGGUCUUCUCCUGUUCUCUUGCAGCUCGGCCUCGGCUGCCUGUGACGAGGCUUGUUUCCCAGCAUCAUGGGCUUUUGGAUACCUUUUAAGCAUUACUUCCUAUUACAAUAUUACCUAAGUUCCUGACUGCG